AUUCUCCGACUACAUUUCGUACGAUUGAUUAAUGUAGCUCUUUGGUGUUUGAAGGAAACAUUGGUACUCAAAAAAAUUUACACAGUCACCUGUCGCCGGCAACAUCAAAUAAUGUUUCGAAACCAGUAUGACAAUGAUGUCACAGUUUGGAGCCCUCAGGGCCGCAUUCAUCAGAUUGAGUAUGCCAUGGAGGCUGUCAAACAAGGAUCUGCUACAGUGGGCCUCAAGUCCAAAUCUCACGCUAUCCUGGUGGCCUUAAAGAGAGCAUCUUCAGAGUUAGCUGCACAUCAGAAAAAGAUUAUUCCAAUCGAUGACCAUAUUGGUGUCUCCAUAGCGGGUCUAACAGCUGAUGCCAGGCUCCUCAGUAACUUCAUGAGAUCAGAGUGCUUGAACUCCAGAUAUGCUUACGAUUCUCCUCUGCCAGUUUCUAGACUUGUGUCAGCAGUUGGAAACAAAUCACAAAUUCCCACACAGAGGUACGGCCGACGGCCAUUCGGAGUAGGCUUGUUGGUUGCUGGAUAUGAUGAUCAAGGACCCCACAUUUACCAGACCUGUCCCUCUGCCAACUACUACGACUGUAAGGCGAUGGCCAUUGGCGCCCGGUCACAGUCGGCAAGGACGUACGUGGAGAAACACCUGGACAAAUUCUUAGAGUGUUCAUUAGAUGAGUUGAUAAAACAUGGACUGAGAGCUCUCAGGGAAACUCUGCCACAAGAAGUGGAACUCACAACAAAGAACUGUUCUCUAGGAAUUGUUGGAAAAGAUAUGGAAUUCACCAUUUAUGACGAUGACGAUGUUCAAAAAUAUUUGGCGAUGAUUGAGGGAGAAGAAAGGUCAAGGGCAGCCCCUCCAGCUGAUCAGGCUGCUAUGGACACUCAAGAAGGGGAGGGACAACAACCCCCCGACCCCCAGCCCGCAGACCCUGCAGUAGAGGAACAGGGCAUGGAGCACUGACCAUGACAUGCUUCAUCAUCAUUCUGUGACAUCUCACUUCCAAAAACUCAACCUAAUGAAAAUAGUGCUAUCACCGUGUCUCGUAUUUUCUUAAUUUGCAAAUGAUUGUAAAAGACUUUGUAAACUUUACAUAAACUUGUGCUGAACCACAGUUUUGUGAAAUAAAUUAGUAAUGUAUGAAAAAGAAAAA